CCGAGAAAAUUCCCAAUGGCCGGAAUCGUGGUGGUUUUCGACUUUGAUAAGACCAUUAUCGACCUUGACAGCGACAACUGGGUGGUCGACGAGUUGGGCGCCACCGAUUUGUUCAAUCAGCUCCUUCCCACCAUGCCCUGGAACACCCUCAUGGAUAGGAUGAUGAAGGAGCUUCAUUCGCAGGGGAAAAGCAUUGAAGACGUAGCGGAGGUGCUAAAACGGGCCCCAAUUCAUCCCCGGAUAGUGCCUGCCAUUAAAGCAGCUCACGCCAUGGGGUGCGAUCUGAGGAUACUGAGCGACGCGAAUCUCUUCUUCAUUGAGACGAUUGUGGAGCAUCUCGGCAUUAAGGAUUGUUUCUCUGAGAUUAACACGAACCCGACCCGCGUGGAUGAAGAAGGGAGGCUCAGGAUCUUCCCUUACCAUGAUUUCCAUUCUUCUCCCCAUGGAUGCGAUCUCUGCCCUCCCAACAUGUGCAAGGGCCUUAUAAUAGAGAGAAUACAGGCUUCUGCAUAUGCAGAGGGCAAGAAGAAAUUCAUCUAUCUGGGAGAUGGAAGCGGGGACUUUUGCCCCAGCCUGAAGCUAGGAGAAGGCGACUACGUCAUGCCAAGGAAGAACUACCCUCUCUGGGAUUUGAUUUGCAAGAAUCGCGAUCUUGUCAAGGCAGAAAUUCACGAAUGGAGCGACGGGGAAGAGCUGGAGCGCGUCCUCCUCUGCCUCAUUAACAUGGCUUCCAUGGAGGAGAACAGCAGCAAGUUGUUCUCUGUUGACUGUAAGUUUGAGACCAUUCCCACGGCUGGCCACGAAGCGCUGCCCGCUCUCUCAGUCCCACACUAA